AGAGGAAGCGCAUCGCAUGUGUGAGGUUUCCAGCAAGCACGUUUUUGUUUUUAAAUCCAACACAGAUUCUCAUGGCCACAUUCAGCAGUGAUGGUGAGCAAGUCAUCCAGCGUUCCCUGGCAGCUGUUUCAACAGUGAAGAACACUGAAGUGGAGAGCCUGGAAGAGGUGUAUCAGAUAAAAGAAACAUGUGAUUUCAUUAAUAAAAAUAAUUUCCAUAAGGUUGCGCUGCAGUUUCCAGAUGAGCUACUGGUUGAUUCGGUGCUGAUAGCUUCAAAAAUAGAGAAUGAAACGGUAGCAAAACUACACAUCCUGGGAGAUACCCCCUAUGGAAGUUGCUGUGUGGAUGAGAUUGCAGCAGAGCAUGUUGGGGCCCAGUGUAUUGUCCACUAUGGAAGGGCAUGUCUCAGUCCUUCAAGGAGGCUGCCCCUGAUGUACGUCUUUGGGAAGAGACCUGUGGACCUUCAGAGAUGUGUGUCCUCCUUUCAGGAGCUCUAUCCUGACAGGCAGAGCCAUGUAGUUAUUCUCUAUGAUGUCAUCUAUUCCCAUGUCAUAGAUGAUCUUCUGGACCUCCUGUCCCCCCAGUAUCCAAAUGUGGUGAAGUCAACCCUCCAUGUGGAAGGAGAUCAGUGUCACAUUCAUGGACAGAUACACAGUCAACACAUAGACUCUGGACAUGCACCAGCUCAUUCAUGCUUGAAUGGAUGUCAGUAUAUUCAGAAAUUUGGACGGCAAUUUUGCUUGAAAGAAGGAUUGAAGAUGGAUGAAUACAGUAUGUUCUACAUAGGGAAAGAGGGUGCCACCCUAACGAACUUUAUGAUGACUUGGAACCACUGCUCUUUCAGCUCCUUUGAUCCUGAGAUGAUGGUAGGGCGGGUGGAGACAAUCAGCAUAAACCGGGCAUUGAUGAAGCGGUACUACUUGAUUGAGAAGGCGAAGGAUGCUAGUGUCGUGGGUAUCCUGGUUGGAACUCUUGGUGUAGCAAAUUACCUUACCAUCAUUGACCAACUGAAAGAUAUAAUUUGCAAGGCAGGGAAGAAGAGCUACCUGUUUGCCAUGGGAAAGCUGAAUGUUCCUAAACUGGCCAACUUCCUGGAGAUUGACAUUUAUGUGCUCAUUGCUUGUUCAGAGAACUCCCUGCUAGACUCCAGUGAGUUUUACCGGCCAGUGGUGACACCCUUUGAGAUGGAGGUGGCUUGCAACAAGCACCGGAAGUGGACGGGAGAGUAUGUGACAGAUUUCAGGGAUCUCCUGCCAGGGGCUUGCAAUCAUGUGAAGGUCCCUAGUCCAGAUGCCAGUGAUGACAGUGAGGAAAUGGACAUCUCCCUUAUCACUGGGGCUUUGCGUUCUACCUGUGUCACCUCUCCUGAGUCUGUAGACAUCAGGAGUGACACCUCCGUGAUCAAGAGGAACCAGACCCUCAUGGUAGCACAGAGCAACACAGCAGCCUCUUUCUUGAUGGGUCGCAGCUGGCAGGGGCUGGAGCAGAGACUGGGAGAAACUCCAGCCAUGAAAGCGGUAGAGGGAAGAAGAGGGCUUGCUAUUGCCUAUGAAGAAGAGGGAGGGACGUGAUAUUUCGGGUUACAUCGGAUAUCCUAAGACACUUCUCUUAAUGUGUGACCUGUUGCAAGUCAGAUGAGUAAAACACAUAUCUUAGCUUUUUAGGCCAUAAUCAACAAACUAAGCAGCUGUACAUUUGAAGCUUGUACCCAUGAGGUAAAUAAACAGUAUAAAUCGGUUCUUAUCUUAUCUUAUUUACUUGUGAUUUUAAUUGUAACGCACAAGAACAUUCAAGGAUCAUUUUGUGUUUGGGACAAAGUGUCCUGACAUAAGAACAAAGAGUUUCUCAAUCAGUCUGGGGCUCCAAAUCAGGAGUACAUGUGGAAGAGCGAUUUAAAUUAGGUUUACAUUAAAAUGAAAGGCUUAUUUUUAUGAUAUAAAAUAUGUCAUAUAAUUAUAAAUAUUGUAGGGGUAAGUACUGUGCGAAUAUCAUCUUUUUCAGACAUUCUUUGCCUUUUUAUAUAGGUAGAGAAAUCACAUAAAAUACAAAAAAGCAAAAAGUCUAA